AUGGAAGAUUCCAGAACGCGCAUACGUCAGACGGACGAUAGAGAUCGAUGUACGAAUUGUUUACGAGGAGUUCUUCAUUGUUAUAAUGUUUUCAUAUUGAUUCUGGGCUGUGGAGCCCUGGCAGUGGGAAUUUGGUACUUGGUUACGGAAUACAGCGCGCGAGAAGUAUCUGUGGUGGUCGGAGAAGAAUGGUUUGAGGUGGCCACUUACCUUUUGAUAGGAGCAGGUGGCACGAUUGCUCUACUAGCAUUUUGUGGUUGCUGUGGAACAAUGCGUGAAGAUAAAUGUGUAUUAGGAUUUUAUAGUGGGACCCUAACAUUUAUGUUUCUUUUCCUGACUGUUUCCUGUGGUAUGGCCUUUUACUUUAGGCGACAGGGUCUGUCAAAAUUAUCCUUUUUGUUUUUCUCUCUUUUUUUCACUCUCUUUCUCUCUCUCUUUUUUUCACUCUCUUUCUCUCUCUCUUUUUUUCACUCUCUCUCUCUCUCUUUUUUUCACUCUCUCUCUCUCUCUCUUUUUCACUCUCUCUCUCUCUCUCUUUUUUUCACUCUCUUUCUCUCUCUCUCUUUUUCACUCUUUCUCUCUCUCUCUUUCUCUCUUUGUCACUCUCUCUUUUUCACUCUUUCUCUCUUUCUCUUUUCUCUCUUUCUCUUUUUCACUCUUUCUCUUUUUCACUCUUUCUCUCUUUCUCUUUUUCACUCUUUCUCUCUCUCUUUUUCACUCUUUCUCUCUCUCUCUUUUUCACUCUUUCUCUCUCUCUCUUUUUCACUCUUUCUCUCUCUCUCUUUUUCACUCUUUCUCUCUCUUUUGUUUUUCACUCUCUUUCUCUUCUCUUUUGUUUUUCACUCUCUUUCUCUUCUCUUUUUUUUCACUCUCUCUCUCUUCUCUUUUUGUUUUCUCUCUCUCUCUUUUCCUCUCUUCUCUUUUGUUUUUCUCUUUCUCUUCUCUUUUUUCUUUUCCUCUCUUUCUCUUCUCUUUUUUUUUUCCUUUUUCUCUCUCUUUUUCUCUUCUCUUUUUUUUUUCUCUCUUUCUCUUCUCUUUUCUUUUCACUCUCUUUCUCUUCUCUUUUGUUUUUCCUCUCUUUCUCUUCUCUUUUGUUUUCACUCUCUUUCUCUUCUCUUUUGUUUUUCACUCUCUUUCUCUUUUCUUUUUGUUUUUCUCUUCUCUUUCUCUUUUCUUUCUGUUUUUUUCACUCUCUUUCUCUUCUCUUUUGUUUUUCACUCUCUUUCUCUUCUCUUUUGUUUUUCCUCUCUUUUUCUCUUCUCUUUUCUUUUUUUUGUUUUCACUCUCUUUCUCUUCUCUUUUGUUUUUCCUCUCUUUCUCUUCUCUUUUGUUUUUUUUCUCUUUCUCUUCUCUUUUGUUUUUCACUCUCUUUCUCUUCUCUUUUGUUUUUCACUCUCUUUCUCUUCUCUUUUGUUUUUCACUCUCUUUCUCUUCUCUUUUGUUUUUCACUCUCUUUCUCUUCUCUUUUGUUUUUCACUCUCUUUCUCUUCUCUUUUGUUUUUCUCUCUUUCUCUUCUCUUUUGUUUUCCUCUCUUUCUCUUCUCUUUUGUUUUUCCUCUCUUUCUCUUCUCUUUGUUUUUCACUCUCUUUCUCUUCUCUUUUUUUUUUCCUCUCUUUCUCUUCUCUUUUGUUUUUCCUCUCUUUCUCUUCUCUUUUGUUUUUUGA